AUUGUUGCAGCGACAUGGGUUGUUAUUGUUUCUCUGGGCAACUGAUAUUGAAGUUAGAUACAUUUGUUGCCAUUGUGUAAUCGAAUAUUGGACAUCGCGCGCGGAUUAAGUCACAGCUGAACGAACGCUACGUUGUAUCAAAUGCGAUGGGUGCUGCAUCGAGCACCGAGGGCGAAAGGGAACCACUUAUUUUUUCUCCUAACCCAGAGACGAGUAUUCAGCCAGUUUACAGCCGAGUCUACGGGAGAAGAUGGCUGGUUCUGACUCUAUUUUCUUUGCUGGCGUUCAUGCAAGGGAUGGUAUGGAACACUUGGGGCCCAAUUCAGAACUCUGCCAUGCACGCGUACGAUUUCGCCAAAUCUGACAUCGCCGUGCUGGUUCUAUGGGGGCCAGUAGGGUUCACCCCUUGGCUGCUAUUUAUGUGGCUGAUGGACAAGAAAGGUCUGCGGGCGUCUCUUUUACUGUCAGUCUUCUUCAUGGUGAUGGGGGCAGCGCUGCGUAGUGUCCCUGUACCAGACCUACAACUAAGGCGAUGGUUAAUACACGGUGGUCAGCUGUUGAAUGGUUUGGCCGGACCAACAAUAAUGAGCGCUGGACCCCUCCUCUCCACCACAUGGUUCGCUCCAGACCAAAGAGCCACGGCCACCGCUGUCGCCUCAUUGGUCAGCUAUCUGGGGGCGGCGUGCUCCUUCAUCGUCGGCCCGCUGCUUGUGCCCGCCCCUAACGACACCACCCGUGUCAUGGUGGCCCGAGCUGUUGUCUCGACAGACACCCAGAUCAAUCACAUACGAGACAGGAUUCAGCUGGUUUUGUAUGCAGAGUUUGGUAUGGUGGCGGUGCUGUUUGCUGCGGUGCUGUUCUACUUCCCCUCCCGGCCCCCCAUACCCCCCAGUGUAGCCGCUGCCAGCCAGAGACUCCGCUACAGCAGCAGCAUCUGCAGACUACUCAGGUGGAUGCUGGCUGGAUUGGGUUCUGGUCCGUCGUGGGCGGCUGUGUAUUUGGAGUGGCCAUGGCCAGGUUUGCAGACUCUAUCCGGGGCAUGCUGAAGCUCAUCCUGGUCCUGAUGAUGGCUGGGGCUUCCCUGGCCUCCACCUGGUUCACACUCACUUGUCUAACCAGGCUCACACACCUACCCUCCACUGCAGCCACCCUGUACACCUCCUGUAUCGUAUUGGGCAUCUUCAUCAACAGUAGUGUGCCCAUCUUCUUUGAGCUCUUGAUCGAGACCGUGUACCCCGUGCCCGAGGGCAUCACCUGCGGGGUGGUCACCUUCCUCGGUAACCUGGUCACCGGCUGCCUCCUCUUCUUCCUCACCUUCUACACCACAGAUUUGUCGUGGCUGAACUGGUGUCUGACGGGCUCCUGUGCCUUCAGCCUGGUCCUCAUCCUCUUCUUCAGGGAAUCCUACGACCGCCUCUACCUCGACGUCUUCGUCUCAGUCUGACAGACAACACACAAAAAAACUGAACCAAGAGGAAAACAAGGACUGGAACAGUGUUAAACACAUUGCACAAAGAAGAGAAGAAAAAUAAGCGAUAUAGGAAGCCCUCCUUUUGACCUUUUAUUAAUUAUAACUAACUGUAGUUGUAAAUGUGUUAUAUGACGGUGGUCGGUGAGGCAUUGUGAUUUCCAUGUAGCCAAUGAGAAGAGCUGAAGAGCCAAGGGCCUCAGACAGUUAGUCAUUAAUGUUAACUGUAAGGGACUGUUUGUCCUGCUGGCCUGGUCCUCAGAUGCAGCAUCGUCUUUUUCUUUUUCGUAGUGUAAAGUUCAAAUUACAGUUGAACUGUUGUUUUUUUUACCCGGUCAUGGCAUGAUGAGGGACUGUUGUUGUUUACAGAAGUAAUGUCUAAAGAGGCACUCUGUGGCAGGUGACCUGUGACCUGGCUGUUCUCUGGUUUUAAUCAGGAAGGAGAGGCCUGAUUGGCUGAGGAGCUCUAGCAGCCAAUCAACAGGCCCCACCGUGCCCGUCUAUUCUAACAAGGGACCGCAUAGCGUUUUAGUGUCACUCAUAACUGCUGGUUAUGAAUGGCAGGGGGGAAACUGUCAAACUGAGCUGUUCUGCAAAUGACCUGUGUACCUGUCGUUUAAUAGUGACAUAUGAUCUCCCUUUUUAAACCCCACCCUCUCUCUCAAGGAAUAUUAUGCAAGACUGAUAAUGACAAACCCUUCCUCCCCUCCUGCAUUUAUAUAUUUUUUAAAUCUCCCCAUUGAAUUGAUUGGUCCCUGCCAGUGUCGUGGGCCGUGAUUGAAUGAGCCCCAUUGAGUGUUUCUCUCGGCAUGCAAAGUCAGAACUCUCUCUGUGUAUUUCGAGGCUCUGCUGUGCAGGUUUCAUGGUGUAAUGAGACGAUCCGUUUUCAUUAGCAGUUGAUAAUGAGGAAGUAGGAAGUAGCAGUUUCCCCAUUGUGACCUUUCAGCUUUGUUAAAGAAACUAACUACAGGAGUCAGCCAUUUUGUUUCCUAGUUGGUUAUUAUGCAGACAUUUUAGAAGUUGUUCUCAAAUGUUAUUUUCUUAGUUUUUAGUUUGUUAUAAUAUGUGGGAGAUUUUUUCCAGUUUCAACUAGGCAAUGCAUUUUUAAUAUAUUCCUCAGUAGACAUGUCUGUUAUUAUUCCAGAUAUUUAUUUAUUGAGGGAUCAGAACACUAACACAGUUGAUAACAGUAACAGAGACAAAUACAGAGACUCUAUAAUGAAAUAUGAGAAUACUACUUUCUGUUGCCCAGCUGAGACGUGGCUGAUUCUGUAUGGAAAUGUGGUAAUGGAGCCACAACAUAACCAGGAAGCUGGUCUACAUGUAAUGCACAACGUUCACCAGCAGGGAGCGCUGUGCUGGGGACACUGACAGAAUAGGGAGUGGUUCUGUUAGCAGCUCUUUCCCUGGCAUGCAUGGAGUUGGUGGUGAUGCUUCCCACCAAAGACAAAACAGACGCUUAACAGGCGCUCAGAAAACUGACAUCCAACAGAAAAGACAGGAACAACAAGGAACAAACUCUGCACAGAGUGUAGAGUGACAGGUCUAGCACACCCCCUGACCUUGUCACCUAAUCACUCAUCCGCAAGGUGCGACUGGGAACUGACAACCUCUGUACAAGGGGUUGUCAGUUCCCAGUCACUCAGCUGUACGGCAGAGAAACUGUCUGUGGAAAAAGUUUUCUGUUUUCUUUGGGGUAUAAUGUAUGUCCUAAAAUGCUUGCCUUUCCUUCACUCCUUGUUUUACAUUUGUACACUCUGUGUAGAGAAGGGUUAUUUUUAUCGUUACCAUAGUGAUAGAACACUUUGUUUUAUCUCUAUGCUCUACCUUCAAUACCUUGUGACAUGUUGCCUUAAUUACCUGUGAUCUGUGCAUUCUGUCCCCACCCACACUGUGUCAAUGAUUUAGUCUAUAUGUAUACAGUAGUGAAACACACGUUUCCAUUACACUGCUAAUCAUGAGUUCCUGGGUUGGGGGUAUAGAUGUUCUUAUCCUUGUUCUGUGAAACCAAAAACUAAUGUAUGUGAGAUUUUAAGCACCUUAUUAAAAAUACAUUUUGAAAAUAUA